UCAAAAUGAUUUAUGCCAUUUAUGUUCUUUAUCAAAAACAUGGAUUCGGUUUCAGAUGCUUCUCCGUCUGCAAUUUCCUUCGAUGAAAAUACCGAGAAUUUUUGUGAUAACCCAACAAGAGAUAUUUUAGCUGAAGGUUUGAUGGGAUUAAUCAAACCAACUGUGGAUCAACUUGAUGAAAGAGUAAAAUUAACAAGAUUAUCGCAACUGGCUUUGAAGGAUUCCGUCGAAACCGUUCAUGAUGAGAUAAAAAAAAUCAUUGAUGCUCAGUAUUUAUCUAAUGUAGAUUUAGAUAGCUACGUAAAGAAGCUAUAUAACACUAAACAAAGGGUUACCGUUCUUGCAAAUAUUCUCCAGAACGCCCAGGAACGUUUGAACAAGAUUCAUUUUCAGAUUGAGAGAGAAACAUCUAGAAAAUCCGUGAUAGAAAAUUCACAACCUUGAGUUAUGGAAUUAAGCACUGCUAAGUAUGAUCUCAAGCAUUAUGCAAAUGUUUAUGAACCAAGGGAAGAUUCUUUUCUUUUAUUAGAUGCAUUAGAGCUACAAAUUUCAUUUUUAAAGACUUUCAAACCUUUGUUGACACUUGAGGUUGGUUCGGGAAGUGGGGUUGUUGUUACUUCAUUGGCUUCUGUUAUUAAAGAUAGUGCAUACUU